AUGAAUAUGCAACCAUCAGUUUCAGUAAACUCACCGCUAUCUACCAUGUCUAAUGGUUCAAUACUGCUGGACAUUAUGCCUCCAAUACCUAAACAACCAAUACCCAAAAAAUCCCAACAAAUUAGAACUGACAAACCCAGACCUCAUGUUUGUACCAUUUGUACCAGGGCUUUUGCUCGUUUGGAACAUUUAAAACGUCAUGAACGAGCUCACACCAACGAAAAACCCUAUCAAUGUGCUGCCUGUGGUCGAUGUUUUGCUCGUCGAGAUUUAGUAUUGAGACAUCAACAAAAAUUACAUACAGAUUUACCCCACGUCAUACGAAGAGGAUCUUCAAAAGAUGGUGAAAUAAAUGAACAUAUCAAUGUGUUACACAAUAAUACUAAUGCCAAUGCUCCAUUACCUGACGGGACUUGCCCAGCUGCAGCCUUGGACAAUGAAAAACCAGUGUUUAGAACCUCACUUUUUGAAAAUAAUCCUACUGCCGGUCUGCCUCAUGGUCCAACAAGCUCUAUCAUUAUUGAUGAUGACGCUAAUUCCAUGUCCAACUCACCAAGACCUAGCAUAACACUUCAUAGUAGUCACCACCGUGAUAGUGUAUCUUUUGGACCUUCAAAUACUCCUCCAACAACAGCAAGUACAGUGCUUGGCAUGCCGGCACAGCCAACGCCCACAACAACAACGGCAGCAACAGCAAAUCAAAUAGAGGCAAAACAAGGAUCAAGAAGCAAUAGUCGAGUAAAACUGCAACACCAACAACAGCAGCAACCAACUCCGGAUUCUCCACAAUUGAAAAAAUUCAAACCUUCAGCUUCUCCAAUGGGAAAUACUAGUGGCAUCCCUUCACAUUUGAGCAAUAAUUAUAGACACGCAUCUUAUUCUGCUGCAUCAGGACCGUGCUACUCUAGUUUCAAGGAGGCUGAUUUUUUUGGUAUUUCUGGUCAAGUUGAAUUUGCCACUCCUCAAUUUGGGCCCCAGAAUGAAGAUUUUGGCAAAUUGUUAGAAUCAAAUGGCUUAUUAGAUUGGGAUUCUAUCGACCAUUUAGACUUGAACGAUGAAGGAAAGUUAGCCAUGAAACAGAAAUCCAUCAAGAAUUUACAUGAUUUCUUCACCGAUAACCUAAAAGUUUCGUCAAUGAAUCAUUCACAAUCUUCUGACGUACGUUUGCACAAUGAUAUGAACCACAAAACAAUCACACAAUCAGUGCCACAACAACCACAACAACAGCCACCAAUAAAGCAUUCACUGGCAUCAGAUAUUACACCCACUUUGAUUCCAGGAUCACAGCAGGAACAACAACAACAGCAACAGCAACAACACCUGCCUCCAAACUCGCAUCUGAAUUCUGUCUCUUCGAAAGCAAGUAUCAAUCCUCAACAUUUGAACCAAACCAAAAAAGCAGAGGAACCCAAUCAGAAUGAUUGGUUCAGAGAUCUUGUUUUCCCGCCAUUUGAUUUGAAUAUACCGUUCAGCGCUCACGCUAGUUCUGAAGAUUUGAAAGGUUUCUUUGGUCCUACAAGUUUAUUGGCCGAUACAAACGAUAAUUACCGUAAACAGUUGAAUCAUCAACAACAACAACAACAACAGCAACAACAAAUGAAUGGUAAUUACAAUCAUAAGCCAAACGUUACUGCGAAAAGUAAUGGGAAUGAAAUUCCACUGGCAUUGCGUACUCAUAUUAAUAGUGUUGCUGAUUUUUCAGUAGAGUACCCUACUAGUUUUUUCUUGGAAGAUGCUACACUCAUAACUGAGGAACUCCGAAAUAAGAUUCUUGCAAUGAGUAAUAUCGAGGACAAAGAUUUGCCUUCAUUAUCGGAUUUAAAACGUUAUUUCCAAUUGUAUGAAUAUGGUUUUAACAAGUACUUUCCUUUUAUUCACUUACCUUCGUUGAAGAACUCCAAAAACCAUAAUCUUGAAACAGUCCCCUUGUUGUUAGCAAUUGCUGCUAUUGGUGCAUUGUAUGCUUAUCAUGAUAAUGAUCCAUUGAUCUUGUUUAACUUAUCCAAAUUCCACAUUCAAAAUUUCUUUGAAAAAGAAAUCACAUUAAAUAAUUUGCAUUUCAAAAAAGUCCCAAUAAUGGCUCAUCAAUGUCUUGUGUUGCAUAUUUUCAUAUCACUUUUCCUCAAUGAACCUAAUAUGGUGGAUAUCACAUCGAGACAAAUCAAAUCAAUGAUUGGAUUGAUCAAGUCCACUAAUUUUAAUGAACCAUUGGAAAAGUUGAUUAUCCCACCUCAACCGGCAAUUCCUGGUUCAGCUGGAGAUAAAUCAUUGAUUCAAAAGAAUUUCGAUUACUUUAUUAUGGCUCAAUCAAGAAUACGUACAUUGCAUGUCUUUUAUUUCUUGCAAGCUUUUAGAUCUGCUUUUGGUGGAGUCCCCAUUCUUUUCAGCUUCAAUAUGCUAAAAAGUGGAUCAUUUUGUACCAAUGAGAAAUUAUGGUGGUGUGAAGGAUCUAGCAAAUGGUAUAAUUUAGUGGGACAAACUUAUCCUAGUAAAUGGUCAUUAAUUGAUGUGAGUAAUGGUGCCGGCAUAGAUGUGUUAGUGUCUUUUUUAAAUGACCCAACCAAUGUCAACACACCAAUUUCUUAUAACAAUUUACUUGUAUUGUUAUUUACCAUCCACGAAAGAAUAAUCAAAGCUGUUGAUAAUGUACAGCCAUUCACUCAUUUACGGUGGUUGGAAAAGAAAAGACCUUUACAAGCAUUAAUUAUGAAUUGGGAAGUCUUAUUCCAUCAAAACCAUGGUAGUUCAAAAAUAAUUACUAGCACCAGAGGUAGUCUUAGUGCCAAACAUGAAUUGAAAUUGAUUCUCCCUAUGCUUGCAUUGGUGAAAAUGAAAUUGGAAGUAAGAUUAAAUUUUGCUGUAUCAUCGGUUCUUCAAAGAAAUUGGGUUGCCAUGAAUAGUGAUUUGGACCGAUUAGUUUAUCGAGAACGCAAGUACAAUGUUUUGACUACUUCAUUACCUCAUUGCCGUGAUAUUCUUGAGUUGUGGAUGCAUAAUAUGGAAACAAUCAACUAUGAUGUUCGAGAAACUGCUAGACGCACACCAGCAUUUUUCUGUUGCACUUUAUUUAUCAGUGUGAUAUUAAUAGCAACCUAUUUGAGUCAUAUUGAAAAAAAUUGUCUUGAAAGAGAGAUCACUAACCAAGAGUUGGAAUGUUGGUUUGAUUGUCAAGAAUUGUUUUCUAAAUUGGAAACAGUUUUAAGUGUGAGUAUCAGAUCUUCUUAUCUGGAAGAUUUGACCAAAGACUUUAGGAACAAAUUCAGUGACGAGACAAAAGUUGUGAAGAAAUUACGAGAAUUGAUUUUUCAACGAGAAAGUUGUGAUGAUGCUUUAUCGGAAGGAAUUGAUGUGGAAAAUAAUCAAUCCAAGUUGGUACAAAUAAAUCAAGAAAUCAAAAAAGGUCUUACUGAAAGCAAAAUCUCAAUGAAAUCAAUUUAUUUGGGAAUUAGGAUAUUAGCUGAUGUACCUGUUUGGCCAUUAGCCAUGGUAUUUGCCGAAGCUUUAAAGAGUAGAGCAAAAUACAUUGAAAAAUGA